AUGACUACAGCUAAGGAGCAAAGUGCUUCAGGAAAAUCAGUCCAACAACAGGAACAGGAGCUGGUGGGGAGCAAUCCACCACAACGGAACUGGAAGGGAAUUGCAAUUGCUCUACUUGUUAUUCUGGUUAUCUGCUCCUUGAUUGUCACUUCCGUUAUCUUGCUGACACCAGUUGAAGAUAAUAGUCAGUCUCAGAAGAAGAAAAUUACAGUGGAAGAUCUGUUCAGUGAAGAUUUCAAAAUUCAUGACCCAGAGGCUAAAUGGAUAAGUGAUACAGAAUUCAUUUAUAGAGACCGGAAUGGCUCCGUGAUAGUGCACAAUGUGGAAACAAACCAUUCAGCAGUUUUAAUAGAAAACAAAAUAAUUGUGUCUAUAAAAGCUAUUCAAUAUGAUGUUUCACCAGACAGAGAAUAUGGACUUUUUGCUUAUGACAUUGUGCCGGUGUACCGGCAUUCCUAUACUGCUUUUUAUGUCCUCAGAAAACUGCCUAAUGGGGAGCCUCAGAAUCUCUAUCCUCCUGAGGUUAGCAAUGCAAAACUUCAAUAUGCAGGAUGGGGACCCAAAGGCCAACAGCUGAUAUUUAUAUUUGAAAACAACAUCUACUACUGUGCCCAUAUGGGGAAGCAAGCCAUUCGCGUGGUCUCCACUGGAAAAGACAAAGUUAUUUUCAAUGGACUCAGUGACUGGCUAUAUGAAGAGGAGAUCCUGAAGACCCAUAUUGCCCACUGGUGGUCCCCUGAUGGCACAAGAUUAGCAUAUGCAACUAUUAACGACUCCAGAGUCCCAUUAAUGGAGAUACCCAUGUUCACUGGAAGCCUUUACCCUAAAGUGGAAACCUAUCACUACCCUAAGGUUGGGACAGAAAAUCCAAGCAUUUCCUUACAUGCAGUUGUUUUGAAUGGGCCUCCUCAUGUUUUAGAGAUGACUCCUCCUGAUGAUCCACGAAUGAGGGAGUACUACAUAACCAUGGUGAAGUGGGCAACCAGCACCAAAAUUGCAGUCAACUGGCUAAACAGGGCACAGAACGUUUCUAUCCUGACUCUCUGCGAUGCAACCACAGGUGUCUGCACAAAGAAACACGAGGAUGAGAGCACAGCCUGGCUGCAUCGACAGAAUGAAGAACCCAUCUUCUCUAAAGAUGGCAGGAAGUUCUUUUUUGUCCGAGCUAUUCCUCAGGGGGGACGAGGCGAGUUCUACCAUAUUGCCAUGUCAUCAUCUCAGCCCAACAGCAGCAGUGAUAAUUUACAGUCUAUUACAUCAGGUGACUGGGAUGUGAGCAAAAUUUUGGGCUAUGAUGAAAAGCAGCAUAAAAUCUAUUUCCUCAGCACAGAAGAGUUGCCAAGGACUCGGCAUUUAUACAGUGCCAGCACCAAGGGGAACUUCAACAGGCAAUGUCUCUCUUGUGACUUGAUUAACAACUGCACAUACUUCAGUGCAUCAUUCAGCCACAACAUGGCAUAUUUCUUGUUGACCUGUGAAGGUCCACGAAUUCCAAUGGUGACUGUCCACAGUACAGCUGAUGCAGAAAAACUCUUUGAUCUAGAAGUAAAUGCCAGAGUGCAGAAGACAGUAGCAGAAAGACAGAUGCCCAAGCGGGAAUAUCUUGAUAUCAGGAUCCAAGAUUACAAAUUGCCACUGCAAAUUUCAAAGCCAGCCGUUUUCACGGAAAACACGCAUUACCCAUUGCUCCUCGUUGUGGAUGGGACUCCUGGCACCCAGAGUGUAACAGAAAAGUUUGAAGUGAACUGGGAAAGUGUCAUGGUCAGCUCCCACAGUGCCAUCGUGGUGAAGUUUGAUGGACGUGGAAGUGGAUUUCAAGGGACCAAACUAUUACAUGACAUUAAAAGGAGAUUGGGCACUGCUCAAGAGAAGGACCAAACAGAUGCUGUCCGUGCAAUGCUGGAAAAGAUAUAUAUUGAUAAGAGUCGAGUUGCUGUGUUUGGAAAGGAUUAUGGUGGCUACUUAAGCUCAUACAUCCACUUUUCUGGAGAAGACAAUAAGGGCCCAACCUUCUCGUGUGGAGCUGCUCUCUCCCCCUUGACGGACUUCAGAUUAUAUGCCUCAGCCUUUUCAGAAAGAUACUUGGGAUUACAAGGGAUUGACAAUAAUAAGAUAUAUGAGACUACUAAACUCGCCCACCGAGUGACAUCAGCCAAAGACCAGAAGUUUUUGAUCAUCCAUGCAACAGCUGAUGAGAAAAUUCACUUCCAGCACACUGCAGACUUCAUCACACACCUCAUUAGGACAAAAGCUAAUUACAGUUUGCAGAUCUACCCUGAUGAAGGUCACUACUUCAACAGCCCAGCCCUCGAGCAGCAUUUGUACAAGUCCCUUGUCAAUUUCUUUGUGGAAUGUUUCAAAAUCCAGGACAAAGCUCCAGUAGUUUCCACGAAAGAAGACGAGGACGAAGAUUAA